AAAAAUAAAAACAUGAAAACAGAACACAGGAAGACGAAUGAAAAAGGACACACGUUAUACAAGAGGGCCACCUGCAGAGUGCAGGCCGCGGGGACGCCAUAACGACACCGAUUCGCGGCGGCGCUGACCAACGGGCGCGCUGGUGGCGGGCGACACGCCAGCGCCUGCUGCUCACGCGACGCGCGCCCUGACGGCCUGUGACGGGCCAUGGCAUGCUCCCGCCGCCGUCACCAACAGCACCACCACCACGAGCCGGGCAAGCAGCCGGGCUGCAGGCUGAGGGGCACCAGGACCACCGGCAGGGCCUGCGCCAGGCGGGCGGCCAGGAGGCAGCGGCCAAAGCUCGACUCGCUCCUUAACAAGCGCGCCCUUGUUGUCCGGCGCCAUGUCGCACGCGACCUACAACGCCAUGUGGCGCGAGGCGCAGCUGCAGCUGCGGCAGCUGAUGGCCCGCGACCAGCGGCUGCAGCGGCGGCAGCGGGAGACGGACAAGCGGGGCUCGCUGGGCUGGGUGCUGCGCCUGUACGCGGACUACAUCCGCAUCACGCGCACCCUCGACGAGUGCCACGACCAGAUCGUGCAGCCGCAGAAGCGCCUCCUGAUCCGCCGGCUCCUGGACGGCUGCAUUGGCCGUCUCCUGGAACUCAAGCACGAAUUGUACACGGAGCUGGACAAGAGCAAUUUCCACUAUAUCGACGACCUGCUGAUCGAGAGGAGGCUGACCCACGAGGACCUGGAGAUCCCCGCUCCGCGAUACUACCGCUGGGAGAACGAGCUCGAGCUGCAGCGGCGACGGGAGUUCAUCGAUCGGGUGCAGGCCAAGAUGGCGGAGGAGGCGGCGAGAGGAUCCACCGCGGAGGCGGCUUCGGGGGCGGCGGAGGCGGUGGCGGUGGAGGCGGCGGGGGUUGAGGAGCCGGCGGCGGGGGCGGGCACGCGCGCGAGGCGCAUGCGGGAGCUGCUGGCCGAGCAGCACGAGGUGGCCGUCCAGGAGCCGGCCGAGGUGCGCGCCCUGCGCGAGGCCACCACCCUCAUCCAAACGCACGAGCGGGCGCGCCAGAACCGGAUCCAGUCGUUCAACCGCCGGCGCUGGAUGCAGCAGCGCUACCAGCAGCCCACCGCCAAGAAGGACCGGCCGGACCCGGACGCGCUGGACCGCGCCGCCGUCACCCUGCAGCGCCACGUCCGCGGCCACCAGGCGCGCAAGCGCGUCCGGAAGUACCGCGAGCGCGAGGACACGCUCAUCGGCAUGCUCAUGCCCAGGGCCGUAGACUACUCGUACCGGGCGCGCGUCGAGGAGGUGCGGGCGCUGCGGAGGGCGCUGCGCCGCGACUUGCAGGCGGCCUACGAGGCGGCCGUGGCGCGCGAGCACGAGUGGGUGGACCGCGAGCUGAGCCCGGACAUCUUCGACGACCUGGGCGACGAGAUGCGCGAGUGGAUACGCAGCUGGUGGUACGACGUGCUCAAGCUGCCCAAGUACCCGCCGGAGCGCGAGCGCAAGCUGGUCGGCGCCCUGCUCGGGCUGCCCAAGCGCACGCCCAAGGGGAUGUUCCCCGACGUGGACCCCACGCUCCCCGGCAUACCACCACGCAAGCUCGGCGGCUCGAACCUGGUGACGGCCGAGUUCUGGUGCACGAGCACCGAGUUCAAGCAGGUGGCCGAGCUGCUGGCGAGGAACAAGAAGGGCAAGGGCAAGGGCCAGGGCAAGCCCAAGCUGACCCGGGAGGAGAAGCGCGAGCAGCGGCAGAAGCGGCGCGAGGCCAAGCGGGCCGAGAAGCAGCGCCACCUCGCCGAGAAGCUGACGGGCUUCCAGCUCGAGGAGUCAGCCGUCAUGCCGGCCCUCGCCGUGGCCGAGCGCGAGUACCGCGUGGACUGGGAGUUUGUCCGACCCGACGACGAGAACCCGUCCGAGGACCCCUACACGGACCUGAUACGCGUGGACGAGGUGCACGCCAAGCAGUUUGAGCUGCGCCAGGUCAUCGACGACCUCAUGCGCGUGGAGCUCGAGAAGCUCAAGGACGCCGUGUGGAGGGAGAAGCACAAGCGGCGGAAGGGGCGGCGGAAGCGGCGGAAGGGGAAGCGGAAGAAGAAGAAGCGCGGCAAGAGGAAAAGGCGAGGCAAAAAGAAGAAGAAGGACCCGACGGCGGACAAGACGCCGGACGAGCUGCUGGAGGCGCUGGUGCGCGCGGGCGUGGUGCGCAACUCGCGCGAGGCGCGCAUGGAGGACUUCUUCGGCGAGCCCGCCUACGCCAACUUCGAGCUGCGCGAGCGGUGCGGCGACCCGCUGCCCGCGCUCGGCGACAUCCGCCAGGCCGUGCGCGAGUUCUGCGUGCUGCCGCUCGGCUCGGCGCGCGCGCACGAGCUAGCGCCGCUCGUCAAGUCCGUGCUCCUGGCCGGGCCCGCGCAGUGCGGGAAGAGCCUGCUGGCGGACGUGGUCUGCACCGAGACGGGCGCGCUGCGCAUGGACCUGACCCCCGAGGCCGUGGCCGCCGCCCGCGCCCGCUACCCGGGCAAGAAGGAGUGGAAGCUGUUCCUGCACACGGUCAACAAGGUGGCGCGCCUGCUCGCGCCCACCGUCAUCGUCAUGGACGACGCGCACCGCAACUACUACAAGCGCGUGCCCAAGCCCGAGCGCGCCCUCAAGCCCAAGAAGUUCGCGCGCACGCUCAAGAAGAUCGUCAAGGGCAUCAAGCGGCCCGACCGCGUGCUCGUGCUGGGCACCUCCAACGCGCCCUGGCUCGCGCGCGGCCGCAAGCUCGUCAAGGCCUACCAGCGCCACGUGUUCGUGCCCCCCUUGGACUACGGCUCGCGCGCGCUGCUCUGGCACCAGCUCAUCAUGCAGCACAAGGCCGUCGCCAGGGACUUCGAGGUGACCUCAGGCGUUUCACUUUCGGCUAGCGAUGCUCAUUUCUUGUGA